AUUUACUAUGUCCAUUUUUAGAAUGUAAGCUUCUAUCAUAACUUUGCUUGAUUCAGUAAAUAUAUAUCUAUUGCUAGGAAAUAAGGACAAUAAUCGAUCAUAUACAAUGUUCUUAUAUUUUCCUUAUAGUGUUUAAAAGAAAAACAAAAAAAUUACAUAUUCAUGUACAAGUUGUGACGUUGAUUUCGUUUUUUUUUUCUUAAAAAAAAAAGAAAAGAAAGAAAAAAAAGUACACCAGUUAAAAGGCCUCAAAUUAUAAAUGGAAGAUUAUGAUGAACAAGUAAUUGAAGCACCAGUAGGCUUGCAGUCAACAACGUCUAGACAAAGUUUAUUAUUGAAUAAAAGUAAUCGAAGAUCAACUAUUCUUACUAGACCUCAAAAUCAAACGGAACCACCAACUGGAAAUCCAAACAAGUCUAGUCAAGUUAAUGAUCAACUAAAACAAGAAUACGAAACGGUUCAAUCAAUAAAUAAAGUCUUGGAAACAGUAUUAGAAAACUUUGAAGAGACUCAAGAUAAGUUACAGCGAUUUUCAAAAACUGUAGAUCAAACGGAUAAUUUAUUGAAUCUUUGGUUAUCUAUUUUAAAGCGUACGGAGGAUACAAAAUCAGUAAUAGAGGAUACUGCCUGGCUUAAUACAGAGAAAAGAAUUACAUCAAAUUUUGAAUCAGGUAAAAUAAUAAUGAUAAAGAUAGUAUAGUGUCUCAAGUAUUAAGUUCUUUCCUUUGUAGAUAAUAACACUAAGAAAAGGCGUAUGAAAGAGUGAUAAUGAUAGGCUCUAAACACUUAUAUACCACAUAUUUCUGUUCAUGUAAAUAAAGUUAUCAUUUAAAACGUAA